UCCAUGGAGCCCCCGACUGCGCUGCUCGGCUGCCCGGCGGCCGCCGCUGGGGCCGGGGCCGAGGACGACGAGGAGGACGAGGAGGAGACGGCGCCGCUGCCCUACUGGACGGCCGUGUUCGAGUACGAGGCGGCGGGCGACGACGAGCUGACCCUGCGGCCGGGCGACGUGCUGCAGGUGCUGUCCAAGGACUCGCAGGUGUCGGGCGACGAGGGCUGGUGGACCGGCCAGCUGCGCCAGCGCGUCGGCAUCUUCCCCAGCAACUACGUGACCCCGCGCAGCAGCGCCUUCUCCGGCCGGGCCGGGGCCGGGGGACGCGGAGGAGACGACCCCGGCCGACACCCGCCGAUUCAGUUGUUAGAGAUUGACUUUGCGGAGCUGACACUGGAAGAGAUCAUCGGCAUUGGGGGCUUUGGGAAAGUCUAUCGUGCUUUCUGGGUAGGGGAUGAGGUCGCCGUGAAGGCCGCUCGCCACGACCCUGACGAGGACAUCAGCCAGACCAUUGAGAAUGUUCGUCAGGAGGCCAAGCUCUUUGCCAUGCUGAAGCACCCCAACAUCAUUGCCCUUCGGGGCGUGUGUUUGAAGGAACCCAAUCUCUGCCUGGUCAUGGAGUUUGCUCGAGGAGGGCCUCUGAACAGAGUGUUGUCUGGGAAGAGGAUUCCCCCGGACAUCCUGGUGAACUGGGCUGUACAGAUUGCCAGAGGGAUGAACUACUUACACGAUGAGGCCAUUGUCCCCAUCAUCCACCGCGACCUUAAGUCCAGUAACAUAUUGAUCCUCCAGAAGGUAGAAAAUGGAGACCUGAGCAACAAGAUCCUCAAGAUCACUGACUUUGGUCUGGCUCGAGAAUGGCACCGAACCACCAAGAUGAGUGCAGCAGGCACCUAUGCUUGGAUGGCACCGGAAGUCAUCCGUGCGUCCAUGUUUUCCAAAGGCAGCGAUGUGUGGAGCUAUGGGGUGCUGCUUUGGGAGCUACUGACCGGUGAGGUGCCCUUUCGAGGAAUUGAUGGCUUAGCAGUAGCUUAUGGAGUGGCCAUGAACAAACUCGCCCUUCCCAUCCCUUCUACCUGCCCAGAACCAUUUGCCAAACUUAUGGAAGAUUGCUGGAAUCCUGACCCCCAUUCCCGACCAUCCUUCACAAAUAUCCUAGACCAGCUAACUACCAUCGAGGAGUCUGGUUUCUUUGAAAUGCCCAAGGAUUCCUUCCACUGCCUGCAGGAUGACUGGAAACAUGAGAUUCAGGAGAUGUUUGACCAACUCAGGGCUAAGGAAAAGGAGCUUCGCACCUGGGAAGAGGAGCUGACCCGGGCUGCGCUGCAACAGAAGAACCAGGAGGAGCUGCUGCGGCGGCGGGAGCAGGAGCUGGCUGAGCGUGAGAUCGACAUCCUGGAGCGAGAGCUCAACAUCAUCAUCCACCAGCUGUGCCAGGAGAAGCCACGGGUGAAGAAACGCAAGGGCAAGUUCCGGAAGAGCCGGCUGAAGCUCAAGGAUGGAAACCGCAUCAGCCUUCCCUCUGAUUUCCAGCACAAGUUCACUGUGCAGGCAUCCCCUACCAUGGAUAAAAGGAAGAGUCUCAUCAGCAGCUGUGCCAGCCCUCCUGCAAGCCCCACCAUUAUUCCUCGCCUUCGAGCCAUCCAGUUGACACCAGGAGAAUGCAGCAAAACCUGGGGCCGGAGCUCCAUCAUCCCAAAAGAGGAAGGGGAGGAGGACGAGAAGCGGGUCCCCAAGAAGAAGGGACGAACUUGGGGUCCUGGAACACUGGGUCAGAAGGACCUUGCUUCAGGAGAUGAAGGAUCCCCUCAGAGACGUGAGAAAGCUAAUGGCUUAAGUGUCCCAUCAGAAUCUCCACAUUUCCACUUGGGCCUCAAGUCCCUGGUCGAUGGAUACAGACAAUGGUCCUCCAGUGCCCCCAACCUGGGAAAAGGCCCAAGGAAUAGCCCUGCACUGCCAGGGUUCACCAGCCUUAUGGAGAUGGAGGACGAGGACAGCGAGGGCCCGCAGAAUGGGGACAGCCGUCUCCAGCACUCCCCCAACCAGUCCUACCUCUGUAUCCCGUUCCCUCGUGGAGAGGAUGGGGAAGGUCCCCCAGACGGAGCCCACGAGGAGCCCACCCCGGUCAACUCGGCCACCAGUACCCCUCAGCUGACACCCACCAAUAGCCUCAAGCGGGGCGGGAGUCAGCACCGCCGCUGUGAAGCAGCUCUGCUGGGUUGCGGGGCUGUGCUGGCCGCUGCGGGCCUGGGCUUCGAUCUUCUGGAAGCUGGCCGGUGCACCCUGCUCCCACCGGAAGAGCCCGAGCCACCAGCCCGGGAGGAGAAGAAGCGGCGUGAAGGUCUCUUCCAGAGGGCCAGCCGGCCUCGCCGGAGCACCAGCCCCCCGUCCCGCAAGCUCUUCAAGAAGGAAGAGCCCCAACUAUUGCUCGGGGACCCUUCCGCGUCUCUUACGCUACUUUCGCUCUCUUCCAUCUCCGAGUGCAACUCGACCCGCUCCCUGCUCCGCUCUGAUAGUGACGAGAUUGUGGUGUAUGAGAUGCCCGUCAGCCCCGCUGAGGCCCCCACUCUGGCCCCCCGUCCCCUCAACCCCCUGGUCAAUGUCCGGGUGGAACGUUUCAAGCGAGACCCCAAUCAGUCCCUGACGCCCACCCACGUCACCCUCACGGCCCCAACGCAGCCAAGUGCUCACCGGCGGACUCCUUCGGAUGGGGCCCUCAAGCCCCCUGCUCCUGACCCAGCCAGAAGGAGCCCCCCCAGCAGUGGGCUGAGCCCCAGCCCUGGAACAGGACCAUUGAAAACCCCCAGUCCCAGCCGAGACCCAGGGGAAUUCCCCCGGCUCCCUGAUCCCAAUGUGGUCUUCCCCCCAACCCCACGCCGCUGGAACACGCAGCAGGACUCCACCCUGGAGAGACCCAAGACCCUGGAGUUCUUGCCUCGGCCUCGGCCUUCUGCCAACCGGCAACGGCUGGACCCUUGGUGGUUUGUGUCCCCCAGCCAUGCCAAGAGUGCUUCCCCAGCCAAUAGCUCCAGCACAGAGACACCCAGCAACCUGGACUCCUGCUUUGCCAGUAGUAGCAGCACGGUUGAGGAGCGUGCUGGGCUGCCAGCCCUGCUCCCCUUCCAGACGGGGCCACUGCCCCCCACCGAACGGACGCUACUGGACCUCGAUGCAGAAGGCCAGAGCCAGGACAGCACUGUGCCGCUGUGUCGGGCCGAACUGAACACACACAGGCCCGCUGCCUAUGAGAUCCAGCAAGAGUUCUGGUCUUAGCACAGGGAGGGUUGGGGCAGGCCGGGGGUAAAGCCAGAGGCAGGAGAGGGGUGGGUGGAGCUGGCAGCACAGUCUUGGUCUCAGACUUGGAGCCCCCUGAGAUCCAGCCCCAGCUUCUUGCACUGAUAAUGCACUUUGAAGAUGGAAGGGGUAGAACUAGGGCCUCUCUGCUCCUGAGCACGAGGAGGGGCUGUGGCCAUCAGCUUGGGCUGUGUAGGGCACAGGUGCGUGCAUGUCCCCUAUCCUCCACAGUCUUCCUCGCCUUCAGGGUGACCCUGCUAUGUCACUCAGCCAAAUCUGUCUGCUGCUCCAUCUCCCCAG